CGACCCGGACGCUUCGCCGGGGCUGCCGUGCCUGCGAGGGGAAGCCGGGAGUCGGGGUGCUAAGGGAAGGAGGCGCCCCGAGUUUGAAGGGCGGUGUGUGGCCUCGGUCUCGGCGCUUGACCCUCGCCUUCCGGGUGCAUCGCCCGCUGGGACUUGGACUGCGAGGAGGAGGAGGAGGAAGCCUGGGGGUCGCCGGAGCGGCCCCUCGGGGCGGAACGCGCCCGGGCUCAUAGACAGUCUCCCGGGAGAAGGCGCGGGGUGCGGGACCCCACCGGAUUAUAAAGCAGCGUGCAGGGGAAGAACCCUCACUCCCCGGAGAACAAUCCCGCCUGGCUGGCCACCAUGGGGAAGCUGCCGAUCUGGACUCUGCUGGCCCUGCAUCUGAUCCCUGCGGCUGGAGCCCAAGACGACGUGUCCCCAUACUUCAAGACGGAGCCCGUGCGCACGCAGGUGCACCUGGAGGGGAACCGCCUGGUCCUCACGUGCAUGGCCGAGGGCAGCUGGCCUCUGGAGUUCAAGUGGCUGCACAACAACCGGGAGCUGACCAGGUUCUCGCUGGAGUACAGGUACAUGGUCACCAGCCUGGACCGUACCCAUGCUGGCUUCUACCGCUGCAUCGUGCGUAACAGGAUGGGGGCCCUGCUGCAGCGGCAGACGGAGGUCCAAGUGGCCUACAUGGGGAGCUUCGAGGAGGGUGAGAAGCCCCAGAGCGUCUCCCACGGAGAAGCCGCGGUCAUCCGAGCGCCACGCAUCUCCAGCUUCCCGCGGCCGCAGGUGACCUGGUUCCGCGAUGGCCGCAAGAUCCCGCCUAGCAGCCGCAUAGCCAUCACGCUGGAGAACACCCUCGUCAUCCUGUCCACGGUGGCCCCCGACGCGGGUCGCUACUAUGUGCAGGCAGUUAACGACAAGAACGGGGACAACAAGACCAGCCAGCCCAUCACUCUUGCGGUGCAGAAUGUCGGGGGACCUGCAGACCCCAUUGCGCCCAGCAUCAUCAUCCCACCCAAGAACACCAGUGUGGUCGCCGGGACCUCGGAGGUGACCAUGGAGUGUGUGGCCAAUGCCAGGCCCCUGAUCAAACUGCACAUUGUCUGGAAGAAGGACGGGGCCCUGGUGUCCAGCGGCAUCAGCGAUUACAACCGCCGGCUCACCAUCCCCAACCCCACGGCCAGCGACGCGGGCUACUACGAGUGCGAGGCGGUGCUGCGCAGCAGCAGCGUGGCCCCUGUCACCCGGGGGGCCUACUUGUCGGUGCUGGAGCCGCCUCAGUUUCUCAAGGAGCCGGAGAGACACAUCACAGCGGAGAUGGAGAAAGUUGUUGACAUACCCUGUCGGGCAAAAGGGGUGCCCCCGCCCUCCAUCACCUGGUACAAGGACGCAGCGGUGGUGGAGGUGGAGAAGCUGGCCCGCUUCCGGCAGCGCAGCGACGGCAGCCUGCAGAUCAGUGGCCUGGUGCCUGACGACACGGGCAUGCUCCAGUGCUUCGCCCGCAACGCGGCUGGAGAGGCGCAGACCUCCACCUACCUGGCCGUCACCAGUAUCGCUCCCAACAUCACCAGGGGCCCCCUGGACAGCACGGUGAUUGAUGGCAUGUCAGUGGUACUGGCAUGUGAGACCUCGGGGGCACCCCGGCCAGCUAUCACUUGGCAGAAAGGGGAGCGCAUCCUGGCCAGCGGCUCUGUCCAGCUGCCUCGCUUCACACUGCUGGAGUCGGGAAGCCUGCUCGUCAGCCCCACGCACAUCUCUGAUGCGGGCACCUACACGUGCCUGGCCACUAACUCCCGAGGGGUGGACGAGGCCUCUGCAGACCUGGUAGUAUGGGCUCGGACCCGCAUCACCAAGCCACCCCAGGACCAGAGCGUCAUCAAGGGGACGCAGGCCUCUAUGGUGUGUGGAGUGACCCACGACCCCCGAGUGACUGUCAGGUAUGUAUGGGAGAAAGAUGGGGCCACCUUGGCCAUGGAGAGCAAUCCCCGGGUCCGCCUGGAGAGAAACGGCUCCAUGCACAUCUCACAGACGUGGUCAGGGGAUAUUGGCACCUACACCUGUCGGGUGCUCUCUGCCGGUGGCAACGACUCACGCAGCGCCCACCUGCGUGUCAGGCAGCUUCCCCACGCCCCUGAGCGCCCUGUGGCAACUCUCAGCACCGCGGAGAGGCGUGCCAUCAACUUGACGUGGGCCAAGCCCUUCGAUGGCAACAGCCCCCUGAUGCGCUACAUCCUGGAGAUGUCGGAGAACAACGCGCCCUGGACCGUCCUCCUGUCCAGCGUGGACCCCGAAGCCACCUCCGUGAUGGUCAAAGGUUUGGUUCCCGCGCGCUCCUACCAGUUCCGGCUCUGCGCCGUCAAUGACGUAGGCAAAGGACAGUUCAGCAAGGACACAGAGAGGGUUUCCCUCCCUGAGGAGCCCCCCACGGCCCCUCCACAGAAUGUCAUCGCUAGUGGCCGGACCAACCAGUCCAUCAUGAUCCAGUGGCAGCCGCCUCCUGAGAGCCACCAGAAUGGAAUCCUCAAGGGUUACAUCAUCAGGUACUGCCUGGCCGGGCUGCCCGUCGGGUACCAGUUUAAGAACAUCACGGAUGCUGACGUCAACAACCUGUUGCUGGAAGACCUCAUCAUUUGGACCAACUACGAGAUCGAAGUGGCCGCCUACAACAGCGCUGGCCUGGGUGUCUACAGCAGCAAGGUCACCGAGUGGACGCUGCAGGGAGUUCCCACGGUGCCCCCGGGCAAUGUGUUUGUAGAAGCCAUCAAUUCCACGGCCAUCCGCUUCACCUGGAAUGCCCCCAGCCCCCAGUUCAUCAAUGGUAUUAAUCAAGGCUACAAGUUGAUCGCCUGGGAACCACAGCAGGAAGAGGAGGUUACCAUGGUGACGGCCAGACCCAACUUUCAAGACAGCAUCCACGUGGGCUUCGUGUCUGGCCUGAAGAAGUUCACAGAGUACCUCACUUCCGUCCUUUGCUUCACCACCCCGGGAGAUGGGCCCCGCAGCAGCCCCCAGCUGGUGCGCACCCACGAAGAUGUGCCAGGGCCCGUGGGACACCUGAGUUUCAGUGACAUCCUGGACACCUCGCUGAAGGUCAGCUGGCAGGAGCCGGGAGAGAAGAAUGGCAUCUUGACAGGGUACCGGAUCUCCUGGGAGGAAUACAACCGAACCAACACCCGUGUGACCCACUACCUGCCCAACGUGACCCUAGAAUACCGCGUCACGGGCCUCACAGCCCUCACAACCUACACCAUUGAGGUGGCUGCCAUGACCUCCAAGGGCCAAGGGCAGGUGUCGGCCUCGACUAUCUCCUCCGGAGUGCCUCCAGAGCUCCCGGGGGCACCCACGAACCUGGGCAUUUCCAACAUCGGCCCCCGCUCUGUGACCUUGCAGUUCAGGCCUGGCUACGAUGGGAAGACCUCCAUCUCCCGGUGGCUGGUAGAGGCGCAGGUGGGCGUGAUCGGGGAGGGAGAGGAGUGGACCCUGGUCCAUCAACUCAGUAACGAGCCGGAUGUGCGCUCCAUGGAGGUGCCCGACCUCAACCCUUUCACCUACUACAGCUUCCGCAUGCGCCAGGUGAACAUCGUUGGCACCAGCCCACCCAGUCAGCCUUCUAGAAAGAUCCAGACCCUGCAGGCACCCCCAGACAUGGCUCCAGCCAAUGUGACCCUACGCACGGCCAGUGAGACCAGCUUGUGGCUGCGCUGGCUGCCCCUCCCGGAGAUGGAGUACAAUGGGAACCCCGAGUCAGUGGGCUACAAGAUCAAGUACAGCCGGUCUGAUGGCCACGGCAAGACGCUGAGUCACGUGGUACAGGACCGCGUGGAGCGCGAGUUCACCAUUGAGGAUCUGGAGGAGUGGACAGAGUACCGAGUCCAGGUCCAGGCCUUCAACGCCAUUGGAAGCGGGCCCUGGAGCCAGGCGGUGGUAGGCCGGACCCGGGAGUCAGUCCCAUCCUCCGGUCCCACCAAUGUGUCCGCCUUGGCCACCACCUCUAGCAGCAUGCUGGUGCGCUGGACGGAGAUCCCUGAGGCAGACCGCAACGGGCUUGUGCUAGGCUACAAGGUGAGGUACAAGGAGAAAGAUUCGGAUGCCCAGGCCCGGUUCUGGCUGGUGGAAGGCAACUCAUCCCGCAGCGCCCAGCUCACAGGCCUGGGCAAGUACGUGCUGUAUGAGCUGCAGGUGCUGGCAUUCACGCGCGUGGGCGACGGGAGCCCCAGCCGCCCGCCCAUCCUGGAGCGCACGCUGGAUGAUGUCCCAGGCCCGCCCAUGGGCAUCCUGUUCCCAGAGGUGAGGACCACAUCUGUACGCCUCAUCUGGCAGCCCCCUGCCACCCCCAAUGGCAUCAUCCUGGCCUAUCAGAUCACACACCGGCUCAACGCCACCACGGCCAACACUGCCGCAGUGGAGGUCCUGGCACCCAGUGCCCGCCAGUACACAGCCACGGGCCUCAAACCAGAGUCUGUCUACCUGUUCCGAAUCACAGCCCAGACCCGCAAAGGCUGGGGAGAAGCCGCAGAGGCCUUGGUGGUGACCACGGAGAAGAGAGAUCGCCCCCAGCCCCCCAGCAAGCCCGUGGUACAACAGGAGGAUGUCAGAGCCCGCAGCGUGCUUCUGUCCUGGGAGCCAGGCAGCGAUGGGCUCUCCCCAGUACGGUACUACACCAUCCAGACCCGCGAGCUGCCCAGCGGCAGGUGGGCACUGCACUCAGCCUCCGUGAGCCACAACGCCUCGACCUUCACUGUGGACAGGCUCAAGCCAUUCACAUCCUACAAGUUCCGAGUCAAGGCCACCAAUGACAUCGGGGACAGCGAGUUCAGCGAGGAGUCGGAGUCUCUGACCACCCUGCAGGCCGCCCCUGACGAGGCGCCCACCAUCCUGUCCGUGAUGCCUCACACCACUACGUCUGUGCUAAUCCGAUGGCAGCCACCAGCUGAGGACAAGAUCAAUGGCAUCCUCCUGGGCUUCCGUAUCCGGUACCGGGAGCUGCUCUACGAAGGGUUGAGGGCCUUCACUCUCCGAAGUAUCAACAGCCCUGGGGCCAAGUGGGCCGAGCUUACCUCUCUGUACUCCAUGCGGAACCUGACCCGGCCCAGCCUCACGCACUACGAGCUGGACAAUCUGAGCAAGCACAAGCGCUAUGAGAUCCGGAUGAGUGUGUACAACGCUGUGGGUGAGGGUCCCUUGAGCCCCCCACAGGAGGUCUUUGUUGGGGAGGCAGUGCCCACAGCAGCACCACAAAAUGUGGCCGUCCACAGUGCCACGGCCACGCAGCUGGAUGUGACCUGGGAUCCACCCCCGCUGGACAGCCAGAAUGGAGACAUCCAAGGCUACAAGAUUUAUUUCUGGGAAGCCCAACGGCGGAACCUCACAGAGAGGGUGAAGACGCUUUUCCUGGCUGAGAACAGCGUGAAGCUCAAGAGCCUGACGGGAUACACAACAUACAUGAUCAGUGUGGCGGCCUUCAAUGCCGCGGGGGACGGGCCUCGGAGCGCCCCGACCCAGGGCCAGACCCAGCAAGCAGCCCCCAGCGCUCCAGGCUCAGUCAAGUUCAGCGAACUGACCACGACCUCAGUGAACGUGUCCUGGGAAGCCCCGCGCUUCCCCAACGGCCCUCUGGAGGGCUACAGGCUGGUGUAUGAGCCCUGCACCCCGGUGGAUGGGGUCAGCAAGAUCGUGACGGUGGACGUGAAAGGCAACAGCCCACUGUGGCUGAAGGUGAAGGACCUAGCAGAGGGCAUGACCUACCGAUUCCGCAUCAGAGCGAAGACCUUCACUUACGGGCCUGAGAUCGAAGCCAAUGUCACCACGGGCCCCGGAGAAGGUGCCCCGGGACCGCCAGGAGUACCCAUCAUCGUACGGUACAGCUCCGCCAUUGCCAUCCACUGGUCCAGUGGGGACCCGGGGAAAGGGCCCAUCACUCGCUACGUCAUAGAGGCCAGGCCUUCAGAUGAGGGGCUCUGGGACAUCCUCAUCAAAGACAUCCCCAAGGAGGUGACCUCCUACACCUUCAGCAUGGACAUCCUGAAGCCGGGUGUGAGCUAUGACUUCCGGGUCAUUGCGGUCAAUGACUACGGCUUUGGCACCCCCAGCAGCCCCUCCCAGUCGGUGCCAGCUCAGAAAGCCAGCCCGUUCUACGAGGAGUGGUGGUUCUUGGUGGUCAUCGCCCUCGUGGGUCUCAUCUUCAUCCUGCUCCUGGUCUUUGUGCUGAUCAUCCGAGGCCAGAGCAAGAAGUAUGCCAAGAAGACGGACGCGGGAGGCAGUGCCAAGUCCGGAGGCCUCGGCCACGGGGAGAUGCUGAGUUUGGAUGAGAGCAGUUUCCCUGCCUUGGAACUCAACAACCGGCGGCUGUCCGUCAAGAACUCCUUCUGCAGGAAGAACGGCUUAUAUACCAGGUCCCCUCCGAGGCCCAGCCCUGGCAGCCUCCACUACUCCGAUGAAGAUGUCACCAAGUACAAUGACCUCAUCCCAGCAGAGAGCAGCAGUCUGACGGAGAAGCCUUCGGAAAUCUCCGACUCCCAGGGAAGUGACAGCGAGUAUGAGGUGGACCCGAACCCCCAGAAAGCCCACUCCUUCGUCAACCACUACAUCAGCGACCCCACGUAUUACAACUCCUGGCGGCGCCAGCAGAAAGGCAUCUCUAGGGCGCAGGCCUACAGCUACACGGAGAGUGACUCGGGAGAGCCAGACCACGUCACCUUGGCCAACAGCCACUCCGCCCAGCAAGGCAGCCUCUUCCGGCCCAAAGCCAGCCGGACUCCAACGCCCCAAAAUCCCCCCAACCCCCCGAGUCAGCAAAGCACCCUCUACCGGCCCCCCAGCAGCCUGGCCCCCGGCUCCCGGGCUCCCAUAGCAGGGUUUUCAUCUUUUGUUUGACAUCGGAAGAGGAAAAAGAAUUUAAAAAAAAAAAAAUGACACCAAAAUCCUCCUUCAUCACUUCCCACAAGCCUGCCAGAAAACAAAAACACUGAGAAACCAAGUCAACUUUUCACCUCCCAAGUUUAUUUUUCCAGAGAUUCCAGGGCCAGCAGCAUCGUCGGUGCGGAGGAGGAGGGAGAAGACCCCAAGGACAGGCGCGUGGCCAGCCCGGCGUUAACUUCCAGCCUGCGGUGCCCACUGGCCCACUGCGUGGCGGGGAGAUGGGCGGGUCCGGAGAUGAGUCUCUGCAGGACCCAGGACUUGGGCCCCUGGAGAUAGGGAGGGAGGGAGGAAAGCAAAGGACCCGAGGGCUGUCCGGCAGGCAGGCCGGCAUGGCUGGGGAGUGGGGAAGUUUCUACCCACCCCCCUCCCACUUGUGCGGCAUCCCUGGGCCCCUUGCCCAUUCACUUCUCUACACAAAGGCUGGGCACCCCCAGAGGCAAAGACCACCUUUUCUCUUUGUCCUUUCCCCUGGCUGGUGUCCCAUGCCCGCCCCCCUCCCCCACUCCACUGCCUCAUCGCCUUCCACUGCUCACCGCCCUUGAUCAAAGUCUUCACCAGGCUUAUUUAGAGAAAGGGGAGAGCAGGGUGGAAAACCUAGUUAACAAAUUCCUUGUUUUCUGCAUAAUUUUUUAAAAUUGUGAAUUCAAAGGAAAGGGCCUGAAGGCUCAGGAGGGAGAAAGUCCUACCCCCUGUUGCUUGAAUUCACUUCCCUGAGUGCAGACAAGGAGGGGGGUCAUCGGGGAGCAGAGGUGCGAGGUGCUCCACCGUGGGGAUCACUGGGUGGGGUGCCCUGCGGGAGGCCAGGGACUUUCAAUCCAGGUGCCACCUGCCUCACAGUUAGAGAAGGGGCAUGGUGUGGGUACUUAGAAAAGAAGCUAGUGGGGUGAGGGUGCUGUCUAGAGAGACACUCUCCUCUGGAUAGGUACUCUCUUGCUAACACGCUCCUCCUCCACUAUAAACCUGCCAGGAAAAUGUCCAGAGAGCUCUCUCCAGAAACCACCCCAGAGCCUCCUGGCCCUACGUCCUUUCCAGAUCAGUGUCCCUCUGUGUCCCCACCCACAGCCUCCUCAGCCCAGCAGCUGGGCGGGAGGCCCCCAGCAGCCGCUCCGGUGUAGAAGAGCCAGAGGCCCUUCCCAGCUCCCCAUAGCAUCUUCCAAGCUGGGCUCGGCCUAGCCCGACCUGAGAGCCAGGAUACCAUGUCCAGCCUGGACACAGCACUGGAGAUGCAUGGGCGGCAGGUCAGAUGGGAUGCAAGGGCACGGAUAGCUAGUGGAGAGAAAGCCUUCCACUCCCAGGAAUGUUCCAUGCCAAGGCUUUCCGGGGGGGAGGGGCUUGGUCUACCCAUCAGCUGGGACUUCCCACCCGAGGGUGUGGGGAGGGGUCUUUCAGAUGCUGUGGUAUGUCUGAGGCUCUCUGAGGGCUCCAACCAGCCUAAAGCCCACUCCACCGCAGGGGAGAGGUGGUGGCCUCCCUUAGAGGAACAGACCCACCAAAGCAUGUCUGAUUCCACGUAGGACGGAGCUUGAUGGGAGUCCCAAUGCAGACAUUACUGGCUCUGCGGAGAGGAGCGAUGCCAGAUCUGACUGAGGGCGGAGAGCAUUAGAGGAGGCCCGCAUAGGGGAAGGAGGAAUGAGGCCAAGGGAAGAGAGGGCCCGUAACCUUCCCCAGCAGGCUCACAUUAGUCACUAGGAAGGGUGCAUGGCCAGAGAAGUCCGAGUCAGGGCCAAAGGGAAGGGUGCUCUCAGACCGUGUGGGAUCCUUCCCACUCACCGGUCCCAGGGCCGGGAUAUGUGAAUGGCAACCUGUUGGAAGACAGGCUCGGCACACAGGUGACCCAGCUGCCCUGUGUGACACUGGCUCUGUGCAAGAGGAAUGUGACCAAAAAUAGCCUUGUUCCUAAGUGAGGACAAAGGAUUGAGGCUUUGUUCCUCCAGGAGUCAAGCGGCCAGGGCCACCUUGGACAUGUUGGGAAAAGGUAGGGACCCCACCCAGCAGCGUCUGGUAUCUCCAGAGACGCAUCUGUGGCCACUGCCGCUCACUCCUGUCGUCUUCUCGUGGGUUGUGUUUUUUUUUUUUAAGCGUCUUCGUCCUUUCCCCCAUCUGCAGAGGAUUUGACCAUGUAAGGAAGUUCCCAGUUUGCAUUAGGGAAUUAUUAGCCCAGUCCAGUAAGGGACUUUUGCAGAGCAAGCGGGGAUGAGUAAAAAACAUUGUGUGUGUGUAUUGCACAUGAGGCCAGUUUUCCUUGCCUUUAAUGGAUCACCUGGUGCACUGAGAUCCUACCCCCUCCCCAUGUGCUCAUUCACGCCCUUGCUGACACCCACAUGCUCACCUUUGCUCACACACCUGCGUACAGAGGUGUGCAAGGGACAUGCAUGUGUGUGUUAGCAAAGGGGCUCGUUCCACACCCUCUGGAGGCUCCAGGUGUCUCUUCCUCUCUGAGCCACAGGUGAUCUGGCUUACUUGCCCUUGGGGUGUGGCUAGGAUCUAUUGCACAAGCAGGAAAGGAAAAACAUGGCAAACCACAGCUCCUGGAAGGCCUAAGGUGAAAGUCCCCACUCACUGUCUCCCCACCCAUCUGAUUACGUGACUGGCCACUGGCCCAGCCACCCUGGUUACCCUAUAGAUCUCCAGCUGUGAAACUCUAGGUUGCUUUAAGACACCUCUUGGCCCAAGUUUACAUAUCUGCUGGGCAGUGGAGGCUCCCAGCCACUCCUCCCAGAUGCCUGGCCACAUCAAAAGGCUGUGAUGGGCAUAGCCCGUGGGUUUGGAUUCUUGGCCUCUUUGAUUUCCAGGGACGCCAGAGCUUCUGCCUGUGUGACUGUACGGGAAGCAGGUUCACAGCAGGACACACCUGGCCCCUUUGACAUUGCCUCACUGUGCCCUAAGGAAAUCUGGUAUUGUACCCGGGAGCCUACGCUUGGCACUCGGGGCUGCACUCCCUCCCACCCCGACGGUGCCUCCCACAUUCAUGUGAGGUCUGCGCUGAGACUGCCAAGCCACACACACGAGAGAGAAGCUCUGGGUUCCAGGAGCACCUUCCUCCAGGGGGUGCCAGGAAGUCUGUGAGCCCAUACUGCCUCCUUUCUGUCCUUCUCCCUCUCCACCCCCAACUGGAUACUGCCACAAGUGAGAGGGGACAAGGACGCAGUGGGGCUGGCCUUACCCAGCAUGCACUUCUCGAGGCCUUCUGUCGCUGCCCAUGUCUCCCUGGGCAGCGCGUCUAAAGGUGCCAGAACCUCACUGUAGAGCACCCUGGGCAGGGUGCCCCUCACCUUCCCAGACAGCACAGUGAAGGUGUCACAUUGCACCAGGAGCCAGCGGGCGGGAGGGGAGGGAACCCUUAGUUACCACCAGCUCCAGCGUGCCUCCGUGUGACCCUGUCCAGGGACACCCACCCUGUCCGCCACCCUGAGCACAGGUGCCCCCUUGGGACCACUGCCUUUGUCUCUGUUUCCAUAAAAUAACCCAAAGCAUUUAAGUAUGUUAUCUUUUCUUCACUCAUAUAAACUCCAAAAAACAAAAAAUCAAUACAAAUCUUUAUUUUUUUGAUUUAAAAAAAUAUAACAAAAAUUAUGGGGAGAGUAUUCAUAAUGGCAGGUGUCUAUCUGUAAGAAAAUAUAUAUAUAUCUAUAUGUCAUAUAGCUUGUUAGCAGGUUUAUUUUUUAAAUGAAAGGUAAGAAAGAAAUUGAUUUGAAAUAUAUACCAUGAGAAGUCCCAUGUCCUGUCAAACUGGUGGUAUUUUAUAAAUAAACCUUUGUUUUGGAGUUCUGAA